CAGUAUCCGGAACUGCGACCAAAACACGACGAAGGUGGCCGUGUUUACGGUUUGCUUCAGCAGCUUUAGGCAGGUUCCCAAAUGGUUACAUGAUGCCUUACAGCGUAAAGAUUAACAGUGUGCUGAGGAGGAAUCACCUCCUGUCGUUCUGUGCCCAACACGGCCGCCGUCAUGGUGGAGUUUGGAAUUACGUGUACGAUUCGCUCUAUCGGGGGAGGGCCCUUUUCCGUUCCCUCUUUCGAAAAACUAAACCCGGUCCGGAAAUCGUCGAGACCGUAUUACCACGACUUCCCGAUCACGAGCGAUCCUUUUUCAAGAAAGCAGUGCUGCCAUGGGUGCGAGAUUCUCAGGCUGCUCAGCUGCGCAAAGAACGAGCGCGACAAUUAUUUGCAGGGGCGAGAAAAGUCGCCCCUAUGCUUGGACUAUGUGGCGUUUGCCUUGUGAAAGAACCGAGUCUACUGUCGAGGGAGGACCAACUGGAAGGCGUCUGUCAAGACAUCAGGGAUCUGCUAGGCAGUUUCCCAAGAGAGAAAAGUGAAAGCUUUUUGCACAAAAAGCAGCAGGUGAAAAUGGAGGACCUGGAAAUAGGAAAACCGCUGGGCAAAGGUUGCAAUGCCGUGGUCUACGGUGCCAGGUGGAAGAGUUCCGGAGCUGAAGAUGCAGACGCUGCCAAUAAGAAGACCCACUGGGACCUGGCAGUAAAAGUGAUGUUCAACUAUGAUGCCCAGUCGAAUGCAGCUGCCAUAUGGAACUGCAUGAAGAGGGAGUGUAUUCCAGCUCGUAUCAACCUGCUGUCGGAGUGCAAGACCAUGCUUCCAUCCCAUCCAAACAUCGUCAACAUGCUCGUGGCGUUUGCCGACAGGAUGCCCCUUCUUCCCAACGCGCAACAGCUCUACCCCAACGCUCUGCCCACCAGGCUGCAUCGCCGUGGCUACGGCCGCAACAUGACCCUCUUCCUGGUCAUGAAAAGGUACCACUGCACCCUGCGAGAGUUUCUCCGCAGCGGAGCGAGCCUGGGAGGCAGAGUAGCGCUUGCACUGCUCUGCCAGAUACUGGAAGGGAUCCUGCACAUCAACAGACAUGGCAUCGCUCACAGGGACCUCAAGACAGACAACUUUCUGCUAGACCUCUCAGCAGGCCCUACCAACCCGCAGUUGGCCCUCGCGGACUUUGGGUGCUGCCUCGCGGACAAUCCUUUCGGUCUCAGGGUGCCUUUCGUGACGGCGGACGUGUGCCGUGACGGGAAUCCUGCGCUCAUGGCACCCGAGGUGUCCAGUGCCGUUCCGGGCAUGUUCUCCGUGCUGGACUACAGCCGUGCAGACCUUUGGGCCGUGGGGACUUUGGUGUACGAACUGUAUGGUGCCGAGAACCCAUUCUAUGGGGGGCGGCUGGACAGCCGCACGUACCGAGAGGUGGACUUGCCCCCUCUUCCUGUCUCUGCUCCUCCGGUCCUACGGCGGCUGGUUUCGGACGUUCUCAAGAGAGAUCCAUCAAAGCGUCCCAGUGCCAGUGUUGCGGCUACGGUGUGUCAGCUGCUGCUGCACGCACCCUUGCGCCUGUUGGCAGGGCCCUGCGACAGCCAGAGUGCACUGGAGUGGCUGUGCAACCUUGCUGCGACCACCAUAUGGGAGCCAAAGGCAACACUCCAGCGGACAUUACUGGCCAGGGUUCAGCUGGCUACUGUACUCGAAGCCCUACAGUACAUCCACUCUUCGAGGGAGAGAGAUGACAUUGUGUACGAAGAGACUGAUUGUGAAGCCACUCUGUUUCUGGCAUGAUGGUGGAAAAAUAUUUUUGCAAAGUUCCGCCGUUUUGUAUUUACAAAUAGAACCGAGUGUCACACCGUGUUAGCAGCGACUCGAAGUUGUUCGCUUCACGUCCGAUAGCCAGGUGCCUUCUGUUGAACGAAAAAUAUGGAAGCACGAAAGAAAAACCUCGUUGAGAAACCUUGAAAGACAAGCUGUAUACCUAGGGCCUGACUUUUUCGGGUUUUAUUUUUUGCCAAAUUCGGGGGGUAAAUAUCGGGUGAUAUUUUUCAUUCGAAAAUUCGGGUGUAUUCGGGUUAAAUCCCGUUACGGCAUAUUCUGUCGUCAGGAAUUCGGGUGUAUUCGGGUGAUUUUUUUUUUUUUAUAAAAAUUUGUCUUAACAUGGAACUAAUGUUUAGCAAUGUUAUCAAACUUUAUUUUAAUGCACGCUUAUGAGUGUGCCACGCGACCCGGAUGUUUUCGGGUAGAUUCGGGUUAAACCCGAAUUUUACUGAUUUCGUUCGGGGGGUAAAUAUCGGGCGGAUACGGGUUUAACCCUAAAAAGUCAGGCCCUAUGUAUACCAUGCAAAUGUUUAGGAUGAUACGAAUCUUAAGAUGUCCCCUAAACUAACAUGACCUCAAAUCUCAUGAGCUGAUGAUCUUAAUGACGUUUUGGCAGAAGAGUAAUGGAAAUGUCGCUUUGGACUUAAACCAUCGGAGUUCUCCUUUUCGCUCUUAAUGCACUACAGAUGUCCUUAGCGUCACACUUCGUGGAGGCCUUAUUGCUGUGGGAGGUUACACCGAGUGUCAUUUAACUGAAGUGCACCUUGUUCUUCCUGCUUGCGUCAUUGCAUGGUUGUCAAGUAGGCAGUGCUCCAGUAAUUUUGUUACAGGACAUUAUAUAUUUUGUAGUAACCAGCCUAGAGAAUAGCGCCUGUAUUCAUCGAUUUUUUAAUGAGCAUUAAAGUACUGAAAACAAUGA